GACGGCUGUCCGAGUUGGAUGUACCUGCUCCUCUUGUGUUUAUGGUGUCUAUCUGGAUUAGCGUGUGACAUGCAUUGUUCAGCUGAGGGCAGAAUAUUGAGAAGCUGCCAAACGGAGAGGGGGUUUUGUGACUAAGUUGCUCAACUCGCGACAAGGAUUUUGAGUCGUCUUCAGAGCGACACAACAAUGGAGCGCUUGUUGACCAGGUCUGUCUUGAGAGGCAUUAGAAGUACACAGAGCAGUGACUCCUUUGGAGCAGCCAAAAGAGUAGCUGAAGUCUGCAGCAUCCCCCAAAAAAGCAGUUGCAACCUCUCCAAAGUCUCAAUCUAUAGCUCCCCGGGGAGACAAAUCACCUCUUUCACAGACCCGCGCGAAGCGUCUCAAGGCGUGUUUCACCAUUGGCAAUUUGCAAGAGGGUACAUUUGUGGAGUCUCGAAACUUGGCCACAGCAGAACGUUUCAGCUUCCACAAUCAGAGAGGAGUGAAGUUUGUCUCCGUUCCUUUUCUGUCGCUGCAGCUGCUGAUGAUAUUUCAGCGCCAGUGAUUGACACUGUCCUGAUUGCAAACAGGGGGGAGAUUGCCUGCAGAGUAAUCAGGACAGCAAAGCGUUUGGGUGUCCGAACGGUGGCGGUGUACAGUGAAGCGGACGCCCAAGCGGAGCACGUCCGGCAGGCUGACGAGGCCAUAUGCAUAGGCCCGGCGGCAUCGAGCAAAAGCUAUCUAAGAGGAGACAAGAUUCUCGAGGCGGCUCUCAGAACUGGGGCCAAGGCUGUUCAUCCUGGAUAUGGCUUCCUCUCAGAGAACGCCGAGUUCGCCAGGCAGUGUGCCGAAGCCGGAGUCGAGUUUAUUGGACCCCCAGCUUCGGCGAUUGAGGCCAUGGGUUCAAAAAGUGCGGCGAAGGCGCUGAUGUCAGCUGCGGGCGUGCCGGUGGUUCCGGGGUACCACGGAUCGGAGCAGGCCCCUGAGUUCCUCGAGAAGGAAGCCGAGAAGACAGGCUACCCCGUCAUGAUUAAGGCGGUGCAAGGCGGCGGAGGAAAGGGCAUGCGCAUCGUCGAGAACGCGUCCCAGUUCCGCGACGCCCUCGCAUCAGCGCAGCGCGAGGCGAUGAGCUCCUUCGGCGACUCCCGCGUGCUCAUCGAACGGUACCUACCGAAGCCACGUCACAUCGAGGUGCAGAUCUUCGGCGACAAGCACGGCAACGCGGUGCACCUCUUCGAGCGGGACUGCAGCGUUCAGCGACGACAUCAAAAGGUCAUCGAGGAAGCACCGGCUCCUGGAGUGACCCCCGAGUUCCGAAAGAGAAUCGGCGGCGCGGCCGUUGAUGCUGCCAAGGCCGUGGGUUACGUGGGCGCAGGCACGGUUGAGUUCAUUGUGGACCCAGAAACGAUGGAGUUCUUUUUCAUGGAGAUGAACACGCGGCUCCAAGUGGAGCACCCGGUCACGGAGAUGGUCACCGGGACGGACCUCGUGGAGUGGCAGCUGCGCGUUGCGGCCGGGGAGCGGAUUCCGCUGCUACAGGACGGAAUCCAGCUGCAAGGUCACGCGUUCGAGACCCGCAUUUACGCCGAGAACGUCCCCCGGGGCUUCCUCCCGGCCGCAGGCCGGCUGCACCAUCUCCGAACGCCGUCGGACCUGCCGGGCGCCGUCCGGGUCGAGACGGGCGUCCGCGAGGGUGACGUUAUCAGCACGUACUACGACCCAAUGAUUGCGAAGCUGGUCGUGUGGGGGAAGGACCGGGGGGCGGCGCUCGUGAAGCUGCGGCAGGCGCUGGGGGAGUACCAGAUUGCCGGCAUGCCCACCAACGUACCGUUUCUCAAAGCCCUCGCCGCCCACCCGUCUUUUUCCGCUGGUGACGUGGACACGGGCUUCAUCGGACGUCACAGAGCGGCGCUGAUUCCCGAGCGGCUGUCCGAGGAGGGCGCGACCGCGCCGGCUAAACCCCUUUAUGAGGGUUUAGAAACCGGGCGUGUUUACACCGAAGGAGAAAAGGAGGCGCUUGCGGUGGCUGCGGUUGGGCUGUGUUUGCAGGAACGGGUUACGUUGAGAGAUGAUACGCUAUGGAGCGCCGCUGCCGGAGUCCGCUUGAACACCGGCUUCUCCCAACCGGUCGCCCUUCAACCGGUCGACGAGGCAGCAGGCCCGGGCGACCUAGAAGCCGCAGCCGAGCACGUGACGGUCGCCCACAAUCGGGACGGCAGCUUCCAAGCGAGUUUUGGCGACCACUGCUGUCUGGUGAAGGCCCAGUUGGACGCCGGAGACGUCAAGAAGCUGCGAGUAGAAGUGGACGGGCAUGCAAAGACGGCGACGAUUGCCAGGUUUGAGCAGGGGGGCCGCUCGCACCUGCACCUGUGGCUGGGGGGCGCCCACUACCACUUCACCGUGCCCAAGGCUGCCCCCUGGGAGGAAGACGGCGACCCCCUGCAGCGGCACGGCAAAACGGUGACCCCCAUGCCGGGGCGCGUCGUGAAAGUGGUCGCCGCGAAGGGCGCGCUGCUCAAGAAAGGCGACCCUAUUCUGAUCCUGGAGGCCAUGAAGAUGGAGCACAUUGUGCGGGCACCAAUGGAGGGUCUGCUCGAGGCGUUGGCCGUGAAAGAGGGGCAGCAAGUGGAGGAAGGCGCGUGGCUUUUCGAAAUGAAGGAAUCAAUAGCGCCAGUCAAACUCUGACGCUUUCCGCGAGCUGGUGAGAGUAUCUCUACGAUACAAUGUGUUUCGGCUAGCAAGCGCUCCAGACUUGGGCGCCUGACAAGGACAUUGUUCAGAUUCAGCAGUUAGUGCUUGCCUUGCAAACGUUUUUGAGGAACCCUGUACAUACUUAGGAGGUUGGGGAGCGACAGAGUACAUAUGCGUUGAUCAAUGUUGAGAUUAAAAAGGCCUUGUAGCUUAUUAGAGAACGUAGAUCCAGGGAGACGACAAAGAGAGACAUGUCACUGUAUAGUAAGCGGCUUCGAGAUAGGUUCUACUUACUAGGCUUGUAGGCUGUUGAAACGAUGAGAAACUCUGUGGACGACUUUUGUCGGCCCAUCCGUUCAGGUUGAGAGCGCGAGCUCAAAGCUGGUGCAUCCAAGUGACGCUGAC